AUGGGAACCGGGUUUUAUUGGAAUUCCGGUCCCACAUACAAUGUUGUUGGCCAUGCAUACAGCAUCAAUGUAUACAUAGCAACUUGGAGCAACCCGGUAUGCUCAAACUGCUCGACAUGCCCGAGCGGCAAGCACGCCAGCAGCACCUGCAGCAGCAACAGCGGUAUAGUAUGCUCAAACUGCUCGACAUGCCCGAGCGGCCAGUACAUCAGCAGCGCCUGCAGCAGCAACAGCGAUACAGUAUGCUCAAACUGCUCGACAUGCCCGAGCGGCCAGUACAUCAGCAGCACCUGCAGCAGCAACAGCGAUACAGUAUGCUCAAACUGCUCGACAUGCUCGAGCGACAAGUACAUCAGCAGCGCCUGCAGCAGCAACAGCGAUACAGUAUGCACAAACUGCUCGACAUGCUCGAGCGGCCAGUACAUCAGCAGCGCCUGCAGCAGCAACAGCGAUACAGUAUGCUCAGACUGCUCGACAUGCUCGAGCGGCCAGUACAUCAGCAGCGCCUGCAGCAGCAACAGCGAUACAGUAUGCUCAAACUGCUCGACAUGCCCGAGCGGCCAGUACGCCAGCAGCGCCUGCAGCAGCAACAGCGAUACAGUAUGCUCAAACUGCUCGACG